GCGGUAUUUUGGCCGCGGCUCGCUUCUGGCGGCUGCUCAGGAGCUCUCUGGUGCCCUCAGCCAGCAGCAUCCCCCCGGUGCCCGCUCAGCUGUGGCCGCCGCUCUCACCGCUCUGCCCCGCCGGGUCCGGCCGCCUGCCGCGGUCCGUGUGCCAUUCCGGGCUCCGUGUCCCCCUCCCCGCCCCUCCCAGGUCCAUGUCCCGGGCUCAGUGUCCUCCCUUCUCGGCCCGUGUCACAUCCCGGGCUGUGUCUCCUCCCGCCGCCCAGGGGAGGAGCGGAGCGGGCAGAGGUGGCCGCGCUCUCCCGCCCCGCCCCGGCAGGUGCGGCCCCGCUCGGCUCCGCUCCCGUUCCCGUUCCCGUUCCCGUAGCCCGGCCAUGGCGUACCGGGAGCUGGUGCGGCGCUGGCACGAGGCCGUGCGGGCGGCGGACCGCGGGCACUGGGACGCUGCCCUGGACACCUUCGGCGGCAUCGCGGAGCCUCCGGCCAGGAUCUGCUUCAACGUGGGCUGCGUGCAGCUGCUGGCCGGGCGGCCCGAGGCGGCGCUGCGGGCAUUCAAUAAAACCAUUGAGAAGGACAAUUCCCUGGCUGUGGGCUACUUCCAGAGAGGGUUUGUCCACCUGCAGCUGGAAAUGUAUGAAGAAGCUCUCUCUGACUAUCACAUGGCCUUCAGUCACCUAAGAGAAAAUCCCUUCAUUGAUUACAAGCAGCUGGGGCUGAGGCACAUCCUCUAUGCCUGGGAGGUGCUGUACAGCACUGCAGCAGUGCAGUGCCACCUGCAGCAGUGGCAGGAGGCCAGAGUCACCCUGGAGAAGGCUGUUGUGUGGAGACCUGAAAGAAGAACAGCAAUCCUGGAGCUGGCCCUGGAGCGGGUGCAGGACCACCUGUUUUUAGAGCCCAUGCUGGUUCCUCUCGGGGAACUUUUCAGACCACGAAAGAAGGAAGUUGAGCACCUGGAUUCAAAAGAUUUCCUGGGUAAACCCAAGGUCAUCUCAUCCAUCAUUCCUAACGAUGAGUACAUUGGCUUCGAGCCUCUCAGGCCUCAGAAACAGGGCUUUUAUGAACCCAGUGCCGAUGCUCUGCGGGAUGCCGAGUCCGGCUACCACCGAGUGCUGUCCCGGUACCGCCCCGAGGAGCCGUCGGGGCCGGAGGUGGCGGCCGGGAGCCUGGUGUUCGUGCUGGGCAGAGCGGCAGACGGCUGGGCUACGGCCAUCCACGACGGGCAGAAGCUGCACAUCCCGAGCUCUCUCCUGGAGCCUGCCUCAAGGAUGGAUAAAUGGAAGAUCAGCACUGGGAUUCCCCUUCCUCCUGCCCAGGUGCCUCCCAGCCGCCUCCCCAUGAAACAGAAGCCAGAUCCUCCUGGGGAAGAAAAUGCCUCUGUCAAUGAUGCCAGUGCCCACAUGGACUCCAAGGUGCCCCCGAGGUGCGGGGAGGCCUCCGCGGGCACAGACAGGCCGGUGGUGCUGCGGCUGCGCUGCGAGUGCUCGCUGGUGCUGCAGGCGGGCGAGGCCCCGGCCCUGCCUGCCCUGCGGGCCCUGCUGCGGGAGAGGCUGGCUCAGCAGGCACAGCGGGGCACGCUCAGCUACAGGCUCCUGGAUGGCACAGAGCUGGGGACUGUGUUGGGACAGGAGGACCUGGGGAAGGUGUGGCAGCAGCUGACUGAGGGCAGGCUGACACUCUGUUGUCAGGUACGUGGACUGGGACAAGGUCUCUGCUGGGCUCCAGUCUCUGCUUUGCUUUGCAACCUCUGUGCUGGCUUUUCCCUGCAGGACUCAGACUCCCACUCAGGCAGACCUGUUCUCUACCAGAUGCUGGCUCAGCACUCUUACCUGGCACAGGGACCAGGGGACCUGGAGUUCAGCAAGGGAGAUGUGCUGGAUAUCCUCUCUGAAGGUAGCUCUCCAGUCCUGCUGCUGGGCCAGGCUUUUGGAGUCUGCUGUGAGGAGGCAUUGGGGAAAAUGUGGCCUCACCAGUGCUGUCUCAGUGAACGAGGACUGGCUGGAAGGACAAUGCAAUGGCAAGACUGGCAUCUUCCCCAAAUGCUUUGCCAGCCAGACCAGCUGUGGUGCUGCCUUCCUAUAGCAAACAGGAGCCUUUUCCUGCCUGACUGCACCCCCAGGCGUGGGAGACACACCAGCUCAUUUGGGCCCCAGCCAGCACAGCCAGGAGCUCUGCUGUACCUGGACAGGGGAUAUCUCCCACUCAGAUCCAUGGGGUCAGUUCCAGCAGUGAUGGCAUUUCCCACAGCCUGUUCCCUGACCUAGCAUUUUUACCUCAUGCUUGCACUGCUGAAGAUGUGUCUGUGAAGAGCAGAGAGCAGUGAGAGGGCUCUGGGGUUUGGCUGUGGGAAUUGUCCAUGUAGCAGCUCAGGCUGCUGGGUAAGAAGAGGUUUCCCUGGGUGGGAAGAGGUUCCCCUGGCUGGAAGUCCUCAUCCCCUCUCCCUUGUAGCUCUUGUUGAGGCUGGGAAGGCUGAGCCUCACUCCCAAAGCCAAGGGUGGCUGGCUGGGAGCAGGGGUCUGAGCCCUGUUCCUCAGGCUCUCAGGUCACAUAACCUUAUCUCCACCAGCCGGAGAUGCUGCUCUUUCAAAAGGCUUUUGGAACCAGUUUGCAGUGGGAUUAAUGGGAUAACACCAUGAGUUAGGACCACUGUUUUCCAUAGCAAAUAGCUAUGGACCUGACCAUUCCUUCCCCAGGUGCCUUGGGCACUUUUCUUAAGCCCUAAGGCCAAGGUGGGAUCUUGGAGAACAGAGAAUAGGCAGUUGUGGAAAUCCCCAUUGCUCAGAGCAGCUCUGGGUUGUGGGAGAGCCCUGGGGAAAGGGCUGGCUGGGAAGUGCAGUGCUGGGCUGGUGUUGCAAAGGCUGAAAGCCCUGUCCAAUUCCUGCAACUGGCCUGGUCUGAUCUAAAUAAAACACUCAAGUGCCUGGAGCUGAAACCUGUUCUGGAUUUGGUGUCUUGACAAAACUUGGCUAUGUAACUUGGAUAUAAAAUAAACCCUGAGCCAGAGUUGG